CUGUAUCUCGAAAAAUCUGUCCCUAUAGUGCAGCGCGUAACGCUCAUUUCGGGUUAUCACUUUCAGCUGAAAUACUGACUAAAUAUGAUAGUUAGUAAAUACUGAUUGAACAUUUCGUAAAUAAAGUAUGGCUAAAUAAUUGAAAUAGUGCCAUUGUACUAAAACACGAAAUGCUCCCACCUUGUAUCUCAUGCGUUCGCUUUCAUACAGUAAUCUUGUGCACAGUCUGUCAUUGUGUGCGUAUGCGACGGAUUGUAUUCGUAAACUCAAGUUGGAAAAUCGGGAGCAUCCAACUUUUUACAAACAAAAUCCGCAGUUUAUCCACAUCCUUCGCAUCGAUUUAAGUACAAACAUUCCAAUCAGUCAACAGUGUGUGUCUGUGGGUUGAACAUGGAGUCUAAUUUAAACAAAGUGCUGAGCAUGAAUCGCCAACAACUCAGCGGUCAGCUGUACAAGUACACAAACGUAGUGAAAGGCUGGCAGUACCGGUGGUUCAGUGUGGACGCACAGGGUGGGCUGCUUAGCUACUAUCUGUGCGAACCGGCCGCAGAAGAUCCAAAUACCCACAUCGUCGGUAGCGCUCCCCGCGGACAGGUACACCUAGCCGGAGCAGUGAUCUGUCCGAGCGAUGAAGACUCGAAAACUUUCACCGUAAACUGCGCCUCCGGAGACAUGCUGAAGCUGCGGGCCGUAGACGCGCGUGCUCGCCAAGAGUGGGUGGAUGGGUUGCGGGCCGUUGUCGAAAGCCAUUCGAAUUCGACCGGAACCGCUCUUCCUCCGCGCGAUCAGCUGGCAGCACACGAUGCGUUCGGUGCGGCCAGACAACAGCUUCAGCAGACAGAACUGAGCAAUGCGGCUCUCGCGCGUGCCAUCGAGAAUUUGAACGGUCCGCUCUCGAACACCGAUCCGGAUCUGCUGAUGGUAAAGGCACUGUCCGCCGCUAGCACACACUGUUUGCUACAGUGUUUGGGUUUAUUGCAAAGGCAUCAAGAGUUAGUGCCCGAUCCGCGACUGGAGCAAAGUUUCUAGCCAAAGCGCCCCUUGUCCCGUGAUGGGUGUAAUAGAAAUUCGUACUAAAAAGCAGCACACGGCUAAUUAGCAGUUAACGGAGGCAAAAAAGCAAUGUCGGAGGCUCUGCAUUUGCCCUUCCGUUGCAUGUUCUCGUAUGCAUUGUCCAAGUUGAUGAUAACGGACAAUAGAAUUCGUGUAUGAAACAGUUGGAUUACUUCUAAUCGUAUAGUAGUUAAUCUCGAAUAUCGAUGUAUUGAACAUUAACUAGAGAAAAUAGAGGCGAAUAAUUGUGCAAUGAUUUAACACAUUGCGGUUACUCCGCAAAAUAAAAGUCUAACUUCGUCAGCAGCA